AUGACAGUCCGGGGGUCAUUGAGUCGGGUAUCAACUUUGAAUUAUGAGUAUCAGAAAACUCUGGGUCAUAAAUUACGUGAUUUCAUAUCAGUAUGUGGUGAUACGUUGAAACCCAUUAAAAAGUACAUAUUCCCCAAUUUCAUUGCAGUGCAUUACUUUUAUAUCAUUACUUUGACGAUUAUUACGUCGAUCUUACUUUAUCCAGUCCAUGAUGCAAGAUACAUCGAUAUUUUAUUUAUUUCCACAGGUGCUACCACACAGGGAGGCUUAAACACCGUCAAUAUCAACCAAUUAUCUCUAUACCAACAAAUUAUUAUCUACAUUAGUUGCUGCAUAUCGACGCCCAUUGCCAUACAUGGGAUGUUGGCAUUUGUGCGACUCUAUUGGUUUGAAAGACAUUUCGAUGGUAUUAGAGAGUUAUCUAAACAAAAUUUUAGGAUGAGAAGAACAAGGACAAUCCUAGGACGGGAAUUAUCGAAGAGGCAAUUGACAAAAUCAAAUAACCAAACAAAUUUUGGAAGAAAUGUAGAAGAUUUUCAAGAAAAGUUAUUUAGUGGUAAAAUGGUCAAUAGAGAAGAAAACUCUAUUUUGCACAUGUCUCUGAGCUCAGCUUCUUUGAAUAGUAAGCCUGACGAUAAUGAUACCGAGGAUACAAGCAAUAGUAGAGUUCGUACGGAAGUUUUUGCCAAAAGAAGAAAUUCUACAGACAUUACUCCUCAGGAUAUGUAUCGUUCAAUCAUGAUUCUUAGGAACAAACAAGAACAUGAGAUAACAGGUGCAGAAAAUAACAACCACCAUUCUACAGAUCCAAAUUCUGAGCUCUCACAUAAUGAUAUGACUGAAGAUAGUCAUACAGUUGGAGGAGAAACAUCAGAAGAAGGGUAUCGAAACCAAGGUUACGACACAGGUGAAGAUUCCAACGAUAAUCCACUAACAUCAGAACAUAGCUUAUCGUACGAAGACGAUGAUGAUGAAGAAGAGUUUCCGGAAAAUUCUGAACUUAAUCAUGAUGGCGAUAAUAGCGAUAAUAGUAUCUCUCCACAUACGACAAUACGUCAUUCGAAUAAUGAAACAACGAGGGCCGGCCCUUCAAUUAUGUUUGAUAUUCAAAAACCUCCAAGGAGGAAGACAUCGCAAAGGAUAGUAACGCAUAACGACCUAAAAUCGACCCGUGCCUCCUUUGUAUCAGCAUCCAAGAGUAAAAUUUUCAAACGAAUACAUAAGGGCAGGAAAAAAAUUGGUCGUAAUUUGAAGAGAAGAUUAUCUACUGGAUCAAUUGACAGAGCGAACUUUGACAGUUGCUUAUCGAAGGACGCGGAAGAUUAUUUUGCUGACAACGAGACAGACGACGAACACUUUAAUUUGAAAAAAAUAAGCACAAUUGAUGAAUUGACACAAGCGCCAGAUUUCCAAAAGAUGAUUUAUAAAAAUUGGAAAGCCAAGCACAGAAGAAUACAUCCUAAAAAUUUGGGAAAGAAAAGUUUAUUUGGUGAUAAUGAAUCAUCGUUGCAUUUAGAUCAGCUAUUCCGUGUCCACUCUAUUUCAAACGCAAAUGCUAAUCCAACUACUUCUUCAUAUCAAAAUGAAACGUCUUUUAUGCAUAGUGAUGGUGAACUUAACUCCUUAAGAACAGAUAAUACCGAUAACUACAAGGAAUCCAUAAAUCUCAAUCAUAAUAUAAGUUUUCAAAAUGACAUCGACGAAGAACAAGAUCCCUAUGAUUAUUAUGGUAUACAUUUUGAUCCAAAUUUUAAUUUCCAACCUAAAUCAAGUAAGGUAGGAAAAGGCAAAAAUCAAAACAAAUUCACAAGGACAAUGAGUACCAACUACUUGUCGUGGCAACCCACAAUUGCAAGAAAUUCAAACUUUUUUGGAUUGACAAAACAACAAAAGGAGGAAUUAGGUGGUAUCGAAUAUAGGGCUUUGAAGUUAUUGUGUCGUAUCCUUUUAAUAUAUUACUUUGGAUUCCAUGUUGUUGCCUUCGUUAUGAUGGUGCCAUGGAUUUGCACCAAGAAAGAUUUUAUUCAUAUAUUGAGAAGUGACGGAAUUUCACCUGCAUGGUGGGGUUUUUUCACGCCAAUGUCUGCAUUCAACAACAUGGGACUGACAUUGACUCCAGAUUCCAUGAACUCCUUCAGUACAGCUAUCUAUCCUUUAAUCGUCUUGAUGUGGUUUAUUAUAAUCGGUAAUACGGGGUUCCCUGUAUUACUGAGAUUUAUAAUUUGGAUCAUGUUUAAAAUAUCGCCUGACUUGUCACAAAUCAAAGAGAGUCUAGGUUUUCUAUUGGAUCACCCUCGUCGUUGUUUCACUUUACUAUUCCCAAGCGCUGCUACAUGGUGGCUUCUUUUAACAUUAUUAUUUUUAAACUUCACUGAUUGGAUAUUAUUUAUUAUAUUAGAUUUUGGAUCCUCCGUGGUGAAAGUUUUUUCAAAAGGUCACAGGGUGCUAAUUGGUCUUUUCCAAGCUGUCUGCACUAGAACUGUUGGGUUUUCAGUGAUUGAUUUGAAUAAAUUACACCCGGCCAUUCAAGUUUCAUACAUGAUUAUGAUGUACGUUUCUGUCUUACCAUUAGCCAUUUCUAUUAGAAGAACUAAUGUCUAUGAAGAACGUGCAUUGGGGUUAUAUUCUUCUUCACAGUCAGAUACAUCAGAUGCAGAAGACACCGAGGAUUCUGAUUCUGAGAUAUCUGAUAUAGAAAGUGGUUCAUCGACAAGAAAUGAAUCAUCUUCCACCAAUGAACCUAGAAAGAAGAGAAAGAAGAAGAAACACCCAGCUACGGAAUUAUCAGCCAAAUCAUUCAUCGGAGCACAUUUAAGAAGACAAUUGUCUUUUGAUCUUUGGUUUUUAUUCCUUGGUCUCUUCAUUAUUUGUAUAUGUGAAGAUGGCAAGAUACGAGACACGUCAAAACCAGAUUUCAAUGUCUUUGCCAUUCUGUUUGAAGUCGUCAGUGCAUAUUGUACAGUUGGCCUAUCAUUUGGUUAUACCAAUACGUACGAAUCGUUAUCUGCACAAUUUACUACAUUAUCAAAGUUGGUAAUCAUUGCAUUACUGAUUAGAGGUAGAAACAGAGGUUUACCAUACUCACUAGAUAGAGCCAUUAUCCUACCAAGUAAUAGAUUAGAUCACAUUGAUCAUAUUGAAGAUUUGAAGUUGAAAAAUCGUAAUGACACUGCUACUGUCGGCCAAAUGGAUCCAGUGACAGAAUAUGUGGAAAGACAUACCAAAUCAUUUAGGCAAAAAUUCAAGCGUAUUAUUACCUUAGGGAGAUCAAAUCGUUCGAACGAAGAACGACAGGGAUUAGCAGAAGAAUACGAACUAUAA